AUGGACCCAGCGAUUUCGGAUCCUUUCCACUCAGCCGUCGAGAUCCAGGGAGCGAUGCUAGGCAGACACGAGCAGGAAUUGUCUGUUGCUCGACAUGCCGUUGAGACCCUGACCGCCCAAGUCUCCGACCUCACAAGACAGGUUCACCAUCUCCGCCUCGAUCCACCGGCCACUUCCAGGGCUUCCGAAUCUCCGGAGCCCAGAAUCAAUAACCCGCCGUGUUACUCUGGGGAGGCCACUGAAUGCCGCUCGUUCCUCACCCAGUGUGAUAUUGUGUUUUCUCUCCAGCCCAACACUUACUCCAGGAGCACAGCUCGUAUCGCCUAUGUCAUAUCUCUCCUUACUGGACGGGCUCGUGAGUGGGGCACGGCUAUCUGGGAGGCGAGGGCUGAGUGUACUAACCAGUAUCAGGACUUUAAGGAGGAGAUGAUACGGAGCGAAGGGUUGAUCUUCGUCACCGAGCUCGGGGAAAGGAGCUCGCGUUCUCCGUUGCCCCCCUCUCCGCAUCACUACCAUCUUCCUCCGCCGGCUCGGGUGCUGAACCCUAUGCAGCUGGGGGAUUCCCACAGAGGCAGUGUGAAAGACUUUGUCAACUUCAAUGCCAAGCAGGAUGCUGAGCUCCUGCACAAGGCCAUGAAAGGCAUAGGCACUGAUGAGGGCACCAUUCUCAUGCUCCUGACAUCGCGCAGCAACAAUCAACGGCAGGAAAUCAAGGCGGCGUACAAGAAGGCCCACGGAAAGGACCUUGUGAGUGCUUUAAAGUCGGAGCUUGGAGGCUUGUUCGAGACACUCGUUGUGGCGUUGAUGACGCCUCCCAUUUCCUAUGACGCCUCUCAACUCCACAAAGCACUCAAGGGAGCGGGGACUGAUGACGACGUGCUAAUUGAGAUCCUAGCGUCCAGGACCUGCGCCCAGAUCAAAGACGUCGUCAAAGUCUACAAGAAAGAGUGCGGUGGCAAACUGGAGAAAGAUAUCACUGGUGACACCUCGGGCCACUUCCAAAAGCUUCUAGUGAUCCUUCUGCAGGGGAGCAGAGACGAAGGGGUGGAUGAAGACAGGAUUGAGAACGACGCGAAGGAACUGUUUGCUGCUGGCGAGGGGAAGGUUGGCACAGAUGUGGAGAAAUUCAUCAACAUCCUGGGCAACAGGAGCCAUGAACACCUUCGCCUAGUGUUUGACGCCUACAAGAAGCUGGCUGGCAGUGAUAUCGAGGACAGCAUUGAGGGUGAGACUACUGGAAACCUGGAGAACUUAAUGCUGGCUGUUGUGAAGUGUGCUAAGAGUGUCCCAGCCUACUUUGCGGAGUCUCUCAAUGGGUCUAUGAGGCGUGCUGGCACUGAUGACCAGACUCUGAUGAGAAUCAUGGUGUCCAGGAGUGAGACAGACAUGCUGGACAUCAGAGCCUGCUUUAAGAAGAUGUAUGGGGCCUCGCUCUACAACACCAUUCAGGACGACACCGCUGGGGACUACGGAAAGGCCCUGCUCUACCUUUGUGGAGGAAAUGACUGAGGCGCUUUUUGAUGAUGUGCAACGAUGUUGCUCUAUGAUGAUGCGUUAUGGAGCGGCAACGGGCUACACUUGAUACUCUCUGCCAAUUACAAUUAAUUAACACUUGACUUUAUUGGCUUCUGUUCGACGAUUGGCUUGAGAUACCACUUCACUGUAUUGGCUAUGUGUCUUGAUUGCCCACAUUCAACACAUAUUGAACUCAACAGUGUGUGCCCUGUUUUUUCUUAUAUUGUUCAAAUAAUCAGCCCAUUCUUUGACACUAAGGCUGCGUUUACACAGGCAGCCCAAUUCUGAUCUUUUUACAAUAAUUGGUAUUUUGAUCCAAUCAGAUCAGAUGUUUUGUGAAUAAUUGGGCAAAAGAUCAGAAUUGUGAUGCCUAUGUAAACACAGCCUAAUUGUCAUGUCAACCAAACUAUGCUUUGUUUUGUCGAACAAUUUCAGGGAAUAAUGAGAAUAAUAUUGCUAUAACUUUGAAGUUCUCUUCUUUAUUGUUACUUAAAUCAACAUGCUAUCUUACUCUAUAGUAUGUUUCUAUGGGAGUUAUAUAUACAGAUGUAGGAUCUUAAUUUGAUCACUCUUUUGUUGCCGAGAAUUUUCCUGCACGGCAGGAAAUACAAACUUGCCGGGUAUUCGAGGUUUCAAAAGGUUUCUAAACUUUGUAAUUUCCAUUUUAAAAUGUCAACCUUGAUUUGUCCUAUCAAAAAACAUGUAUCAACCCCUACAUUAAUUAUAAUACACACAUGAAUGAACAUUUCUGUUGCUGCAGGAUUAUUUUCUUGCUGUAGCAAACUGACUCAAAUUAAGAUCCUACAUCUGUACAACGCUGCUGUUCAAUUAUUAAAAGGAUAAUGUCUACUA